AGUAGACAAUAGAAUUUAGUUGAUUCUUAAAAGCGGUAAUCUAAAGACAAUACGGUGAAAAAUAUGAUUAAAGUUACACUUUUAUUGGGUGCCAUUUUGGUUUUGUGCACAGCGGCUGUGAUUAAAACAGCAGAAGAACGUAACCUUGUAGAAGGAUGUGAAUCGGAAGAUGAAUUAUGGGGUUCGGAAGAUGGUACCAAAUUUUAUUUCUGUAUUGGCGACAAUAUGGCUAUUGAACAAUCAUGUGAACCUGAUACGUUCUUUGUGAAAAAUGCCACCGUUUCCGGUUGCGUUCCUCUAGAUGAAGUGGCAGAUAGUUGUGUUUAUCACGUUGAACCAGAGCCUUGUGAAGGCAUCAAUUUGUUACAACCUCAACCACAUACAGACCCUACUAUGUUCUAUUUAUGUACCGAAAGUGGUGCUGAUCCCGUGGCAUUACCCUGUCCUGAUAAUAAUGCUUUUGCCAAGCAAGACGGUUAUUUAGGUUGCUUUGACUGGGCCAUGUGGCGUAAAAUUCGUGGUUGUGAUCCCAAAGAAUAAAAAAAAAUAUUUAAAUAAAAUUUUACAUAUAUGUUCAUAAGCUCCUAAUUUAUUUCUUUUCAUAUUUAUCAAAAAGAAAAAAAAAAAACACCUGACUGAGUUCUCUUUUUUUUAAUGCCUACUUACACUUUAUUUAAUAAAACUUAAUAUUACCUUAUUAUUUGUGUACAAAUUUAAAAUUCGUUUUUAGAUUUAUCAUUUCAAAAUUAUUUGUUUUUAGUAGCUAUUGAUAACAGCCCAUAUUAUACAGUGUGACUUUUAAUAAGUUUUUAAUCAACCUUUAUAAACGUAUGUAUUUAUAUUGAUUGACAUUCAAGUGAUGUGAGAUAAACGGAAAUUAAAUCGUUAAA